CAGAGGUUCCGGGCUGACCCAGAGCAGCAUGGGGCAGUGAUGCUGCCUUGCCAGCAGCGGGCACUGAUGCUGGGAGCACCCUGUGCUGGGGCCAUGGGCCCCCGGGCACUGGCAGUCACGGACCCCCGCUGCUGCCAUGACGUGCCCCACGAUCUCGGCCUCCUGGGACCCCCAACCCCGACAAGCCAGGCCUGACCCAGCUAGCUGGCCAUGCUGAUGUAUCCACCAGGUAUUGUGCGGAGGACUCCGCACCCCUUCCCCGAAUGCAUCAGCGACUUCGCCUUCGCCGGGUGGAUCCCGGUCAUCGGGGAGCUGCAGAAGCUGCUGGCACGGGGGGAGUACAAGCCCUUGUGCCCGGCCCCCCUCUUUGAGAGCAACUUCCUGCAGGUGACCAAGCAGGGCGAGCUGGUGGAUCUGCACAACCGUGGCAGCCUGGUGACCCUGGGCAUCGCCGCCACCAGCCCCGCCCUGCUCCUGCCCGACGUCAUGAUGAUCGCCCGCCCCACGGAGAGGCCCCAGGGGGAGCCGUUGGGCCCCAGGGGGGCUCACGUCCAGCCGGGGCUGGAGCUGACCCGGCUGAUCCCGCUGGAGCUGGUGAGCAUCUUCCUGCAUGACCUGGGGGAGCAGCGGCUGAAGCUGCGCCUGGCCACGGGGCGAGUCUACUACCUGCAGCUCUGCGCCCCCCGGGGGGAGGAGCGCCCGCUCUUCGCACGCUGGCUGCGCCUCAUCUACCUGCUGAGGGCCCCCUCGGACAGCUGGGCCAGCGUCCCCUCCUGGCACGCCGCCGACCUGCGUGGGCGCAGCGCCAAGCCGCCCCCCAGCCAGCGGCUGCGGCCCAUCCAGGAGGAGGAGGAGCCCGGAGCCCUGAAACCCCAACUUGGGGAGCCCCCGGGCAGCGGGAGCCAGACCCCCAGCCAGGGGCAGCUGAGCGGGAGGCAGCGCCCAGCCAGCCCCACCAGGGGGCAGCAACCCUCCACGCAGAGCGUAGGGGGAUGGGGGUCCAGAUGCCCCACAUCACCCAGCAUAGCAGCCCCGGUGAGACGCUCCCCCAGCACCACUCAACUCCUUGAUGGUCUUUCCAGGUCCCGGGCAAAGGUCGCCAGCCCCUGGACGCAGCAGGGCCCAGUGUCCGGGGAGCCGAGCGCAGAGAGGAACCAUGGCCAGCUGAGCCUGGACAUCCCCCCUGGUUCCCGGAGCCCGGCAGGAACCCCGAGCCAGCGUGGAUCUAGUGCAGCAUCCAGAGCCACCACGGCUCCCGGCUCCCCUGAGCGAUCCAGAGCCUCCGUGGGCGUGGGGCGCUCGGCGAUGGGCACGGCCUCCGUGGGCGUGGGGCGCUCAGCGGUGGGCACGGCCUCUGUGGGCGUGGGGCGCUCGGCGGUGGGCACGGCCUCCGUGGGCGUGGGGCGCUCAGCGGUAACCACAGCGUCGGCAGCAGCGGGUCCAUCCAGGCCAGCGAGCACCCAGCCCUCGGGGAUGGGCAGAGAGAUGGAGCCGGGCGAGAGAUCCAGGGAGCCCAGCACGGAGAGGAGCCGAGCCCCGCUGGGCCACGCCAGCCCCUCCGCGGAGCAGGGCAGGUCCCGUUCCCAGAGCCAGCGUGAAUCUAGUGCAGCAUCCAGAGCCGCUGUGGCUCCCGGCUCCCCUGAGCGAUCCAGAGCCUCCGUGGGUGUGGGGCGCUCGGCGGUGGGCACGGCCUCCGUGGGCGUGGGGCGCUCAGCAGUGGGCACGGCCUCCGUGGGCGUGGGGCGCUCGGUGGUGGGCACGGCCUCCGUGGGCGUGGGGCGCUCGGCGGUGGGCACGGCCUCCGUGGGCAUGGGGCGCUCAGCAGUAACCACAGCGUCGGCAGCAGCGGGUCCAUCCAGGCCGGCCAGCACCCAGCCCUCGGGGAUGGGCAGAGAGAUAGAGCCGGGCGAGAGAUCCAGGGAGCCCAGCACGGAGAGGAGCCGAGCCCCGCUGGGCCACGCCAGCCCCUCCGCGGAGCAGGGCAGGUCCCGUUCCCAGAGCCAGCGUGAAUCUAGUGCAGCGUCCAGAGCCGCUGUGGCUCCCGGCUCCCCUGAGCGAUCCAGAGCCUCCGUGGGCGUGGGGCGCUCGGCGGUGGGCACGGCCUCCGUGGGUGUGGGGUGCUCGGCGGUGGGCACGGCCUCUGUGGGCGUGGGGCGCUCGGCGGUGGGCACGGCCUCCGUGGGCGUGGGGCGCUCAGCGGUAACCACAGUGUCGGCAGCAGCGGGUCCAUCCAGGCCAGCGAGCAGCCAGCCCUCGGGGAUGGGCAGAGAGAUGGAGCUGGGCGAGAGAUCCAGGGAGCCCAGCACAGAGAGGAGCCGAGCCCCACUGGGCCACGCCAGCCCCUCCGCGGAGCAGGGCAGGUCCCGUUCCCAGAGCCAGCGUGAAUCUAGUGCAGCGUCCAGAGCCGCUGUGGCUCCCGGCUCCCCUGAGCGAUCCAGAGCCUCCGUGGGCGUGGGGCGCUCGGCGGUGGGCACGGCCUCCAUGGGCGUGGGGCGCUCGGCGGUGGGCACAGCCUCUGUGGGUGUGGGGCGCUCGGCAAUAGCCACAGUGUCGGCAGCAGCAGGUCCAUCCAGGCCGCCCAGCGCCCGGCCCUCAGGGAUGGGCAGAGAGAUAGAGCCGGGCGAGAGAUCCAGGGAGCCCAACACGGAGAGGAGCCGAGCCCCGCUGGGCCACGCCAGCCCCUCCACGGAGCAGGGCAGAUCCCGUUCCCAGAGCCAGCGUGAAUCUAGUGCGGCACUUGGACCAACCGGAGCCACCGUGACCCCCAGCUCCCACGAGCGGCCCAGUGGCUCCAGGGCUCUCAGCUCUCCGCAGCCAGCCAGCUCGCCCAUAGCUGCUGCUGCACCUCUGGAGAGAUCUCAACUCUCCGCAGGCGUGGGGCCUUCGGAGGUCACCACGCCGGCCCUGGCCGUGGGCCCCUCUGGGCAGAGAAGCCGGAGCAGCUCCCGGUUGGAUCGAGCCAAGAGACAGGGCACGAGAUCCAGGGCGACAGUUGGAGAAAGCAGCAAAGGCAAAGCCCGGUCCAGCUCCCGCAGCGCCGGCCAGAAGAAGCCGUCCAAGGAGAAGAGAUUGGAGUCGAAGGGGAAGUUGAAAUCGGCCCUGAGUUCAGCCAGGCACAGGAGCAGCCUCACAUUCGUGACCAUCUACAGCGCCCUGUCGAACUCGCUGGACAAGCUGACGGGCGGGAAGCUGAGACAGAGAAGGAGCCAGGAAGAUGCCAAGACGCAGUUGUCUUCGAAGCCCUCCAAGCGGGUCACCAUCUCGGGCGUGGUGCAGCUGUCGGGCCAGGGCAGCCAGGAGACCAGCUCCGUGCCACCCUCAGCUAUGGAGAGCAGCGGGGAGCAGGGCCCGGCUGGCUCCGGGGCAGCUCCACAGCGGGAGAGCGGCCCACUGCCGAAGGUGCAGUCUGGGGGAUCCAGAGCCGCCACAGUUCCCAGCUCCCCCGAGCGAUCCAGAGCCUCCGUGGGCGUGGGGCGCUCGGCGGUGGGCACGGCCUCCGUGGGUGUGGGGCGCUCGGCAGUGGGCACAGCCUCCGUGGGCGUGGGGCGCUCGGCGGUGGGCACGGCCUCCGUGGGCGUGGGGCGCUCGGCAGUGGGCACAGCCUCCGUGGGCGUGGGGCGCUCGGCGUUAGCCACGGCGUCGGCAGCAGCGGGUCCAUCCAAGCCGGCCAGCACCCAGCCCUCGGGGAUGGGCAGAGAGAUGGAGCCGGGCGAGAGAUCCAGGGAGCCCAGCACGGAGAGGAGCCGAGCCCCGCUGGGCCACGCCAGCCCCUCCGCGGAGCAGGGCAGGUCCCGUUCCCAGAGCCCCAGAGGGAGGCCAAGCCAGCUGGGGUCUAGCGCCGUGUCCAGAGAUUCUGGAGCAGCUGGGCCUUCAGAGCGAUCCAGAGCCUCAGUGGCUGCCGGCCCUUCGGAGAGAUCCAGAGCCUCGGUGGCUGCCGGCCCUUCAGAGCGAUCCAGAGCCUCGGUGGCUGCCGGCCCUUCAGAGCGAUCCAGAGCCUCGGUGGCUGCCGGCCCUUCGGAGAGAUCCAGAGCCUCAGUGGCUGCCGGCCCUUCAGAGAUGGCUACGGUGUCGGUGGCCGUGGGUCCGUCCGAGCUGGGGCCAUGGAGCAGCGCCCGGCCCUCGAGGAAGGACCAGCUGAGCCUGCCAGGCAGGGGAUCUAGAGAGCGCAGCAAGACCGGGAACCAGAGUGGAAGCCGAAUCAGCUCCCCGAGCUCCAUCAGGGAGGCUGGGACCCCCGGCACUGUGGCAGCCCUGGGCAUGGAAGGCGAUGAUGUAUCUAGAGAGACAUCCAAAAAGUCCAGAGCCUCUGUGGUUCCAAGCUCGCCAGAAAGAUCGAGACCCAUUUCUCCAGGUUCUGCUGAGAAAUCCAGAGCGUCGGUGGCUCCAGGUUCUGCUGAGAAAUCCAGAGCGUCGGUGGCUCCAGGUUCUGCUGAGAAAUCCAGAGCGUCGGUGGCUCCAGGUUCUGCUGAGAAAUCCAGAGCGUCGGUGGCUCCAGGUUCUGUGGGGAGAUCGAGAGCGUCGGUGGCACCAGGUUCUGCAGAGAGAUCCAGAGUUUCGGUGGCCGCUGGCCCAUCAGAGAGAUCCAGAGCAUCCGUGGCCGCCGGCCCUUCGGAGCUGGCUACGGUGUCGGUGGCCGUGGGACGGUCCGAGCCAGGGUCUCUCAGCAGCGCCAGGACCCCGGGGACAGGUGCUCAGAGGGCUCCGCACACCGGGAAGAGUCCGUGCUCUGGGGCUCCUCUGGGGACGGAGGCUGGCGAUGCAUCCCCGGGCAGUGCCUCCCUGGGGAGAUCCGGGGAGCAGAGCCGAAGCCAGGCCAGGGAGGAAGGAGGGGCCCGUUCCCAGAGCCCCUCGAGGCAGGCGCCCCAUGCGAGAGCUGCAGACUCUGUGACCCUGGCUCCCUCCAAGGACCAAGGGCCCAGCAGCACCCGGCCCUUGGAGCUGGACAGACAGCGGGAGCUGGGCUGGGGAUCCAGCAAGACGAGGAGCCGGAGCAAAGGUCGGCAGGAGGAGAAGCGGCACCCCUCUGUGGGGCACCCCACCAGCAGAGGCGGCAGUGAGCAGGCUGCAGUCAGAAUGAAAUCCCAGUAGAGGCCAGGCCGGACACAGCCAGCGCUGGAGGAGAGGAUUCGUCGCCCGGCCCGGGGAGUCUCUCAGGGACAGGACGUCUGGAGGGCCUAGGCUGGGGGAUCGGGGCAGGGAGCAGCUAGGACGCCCCUCAGUGGCCGGCCGGCCAGGAGCACGGGGCAGCGAGUGUCACGGCUUUCCCAGCUUUGCCUAUUAAAAUUUGCAGUGAACGUUG